CCACCCUCCUCCCCUAACACCCACUCUUCCUUAUGUAACACAAUAAUCGGGUUUGGAGUUUGGAUCCUUUCUCCAUGCAGGCGCUGGGCCUCACUUAUCCACAGCAGGCUCGACAUUUCUCGACUGUUAAAGGGAUUGAAGGGUUAAUCGAUGGGGAGCAUCCCAGGUGUUUCCGUUCUGCUUGUGGUGGUGAGUGUGUCCCUCCUGACAAGCCCAAGCGUCCAGGGCGGAAAGAUUCUGGUGUUCCCGGUGGACGGCAGCCACUGGGUCAACAUGAACCUGCUGAUCCAGAGCCUCCACAGCAGGGGCCAUGAGAUCACUGUGGUCCGCACAGCCACAAGCUGGUACGUCAAAGAAAGCGCACCACACUACCGCUCCAUCACCAUCACCUUACCAGAAGCCAUCAGCAUAGAGGAGCAGGACUUCUUUGUAACCUUCCUGGUCAAGAUGCUGGCCAUUCAAAAAGAGGGGCUGUCUCUUAUCGGCUUUAUGAAGUUCUACUGGGAAAUGCUCGGGUCGCUGUCGAACAUCCACCACCAGGCCAGCCUGGUGGGGGUAGAAAUAUUUGAGAACAAGACUCUAUUGCAGAGUAUUCGGGACACUCAGUUUGACAUGGUUCUUCUGGACCCGGGGUUGCCCGUUGGAGUUCUGGUGGCUCAUGAACUUAAGUUGCCGACUGUUUUUAACGUGAGAUGGAUCACCAGUGGAGAAGGGCAUUUUGUGGUGGCUCCAUGUCCACUGUCUUAUGUUCCAGCUUCAGGACAUGCUGUGCCAGAUAAGAUGACCUUUGGCGAACGAGUCAAGAACACAUUGUACUAUUUACUCAAUGUCUGCAUCGACAAAUUUAUAGUAAGCCCUCACUAUGAUACACUGGUAGACAGGUACUUUGGUCCAGAUGUGAACUUUUAUCACCUUUUACAAGGGGCAGACAUCUGGCUCAUGAGGGUGGACUUUGUCUUUGAAUUCCCCAGACCCACCAUGCCAAACAUUGUCUACAUUGGUGGCUUUCAGUGUAAACCUUCACAGCCUUUAUCAUCAGAGCUAGAGGAGUUUGUACGAAGUUCAGGAGAGCAUGGAUUCAUCCUGAUGUCUCUUGGUACUCUGGUCGAACGCUUACCUAUAGAAAUUACUUCAGAAAUUGCUGCUGCCUUUGCUCAAAUUCCUCAGAAGGUCAUAUGGAGGCACGCUGGUGAGCACCCCAGCAAUCUGGGGAGCAACACCCUACUGGUGAAAUGGAUGCCCCAGAACGACCUCUUGGGUCACCCGAAGAUCAAAGCCUUUGUAGCCCAUGGUGGCACCAACGGGAUCUACGAGUCCAUCUACCAUGGCGUGCCGAUCAUAGGCAUACCCCUUCUGUUUGACCAGUUUGAGAACAUUUUGAGAGUGGAGGCGCGUGGAGCCGCUAAGGUGGUGGAUGCGACCAAACUGACUCGUGAAAACUUUCUUGAAGCGAUACAAGAAGUUCUUCACAAUCCCUCGUACAGGAACAACAUGAAGCGUCUCUCUGCUCUCCAUCGGGAUAAACCGAUGCAUCCUCUAGAAACGGCUCUUUACUGGGUUGAAUUUGUUAUGAGGCACAAAGGAGCUUCACAUUUACGCACUGAGUCUUAUAAGAUGCCCUGGUACACCUACCAUUCUGUGGAUGUUCUUUGCUUUUUGACAGCGGUCUUGUUGAUGCUGACAGCCAUUGUAGUUGGAUCAAUACAAUUCCUUUGCAUUCGACUGUGCAGGAAAAGAAAAGCCAAGCAGGAGUAGUAACUGACUCCUCACAUCAGAUUAACGCUCAUUUAAAUGAAGGAGAACUGGACUGGUGAUGUUCUAUAUUCUUAGCCAUACUAAUGCCGUUGCUCUAGGAAGGGCAGUGUUGGCCUGUCAGUCAGUUGGUCCACCACUUUGGUCCAGACUGAAAUUACUCAACGACUAUUGAAUGUGUUGCCACAACAUUUUGCUAAGACAAUCAUGUUCCCAAUAUUCUACACUUUUUGGUAAUCCAUUAACAUUUUGAUUUUGAGUGUCUCAACAACUAUCUGAUGAAUCGUUAUUAAAGCGGCCAUAUGCAAAAUUCAGAUCAUUUGACUUGGCUGGACGCGGUUCUCAACAUGGAGGUGGCUAAACAGCUAGCAGCUAACUCUGCUAACUCCAUAAACAGCGCUAAACAACGGCAACAGUGCUGACAGAGCUAACGGUUAUAACCAGGGCGAACCGGAGAGCGAGCACUACGCUUCAGUCCU